AUGACGGGAUAUGCCAAGUUCAUGAAAGACUUGGUAAUAAAGAAGAGAUCCAUGAAUUGUGAAAUGAUCAAAAUGAUGCAUCAAGUGAGUGCCAUUGUACAUUACAUGGCUCCAAAGCUAGCAGACCCCGGUGCCUUUACAAUCCCGUGCACUAUUAGUAGUGCCGAUUUCACUAAAGCUUUGUAUGACUUGGGGGCAAGCAUUAACUUGAUGCCAUAUUCUGUGUUCAAGACAUUGGGGAUUGGGCAGCGAAGGCCCACAUCCAUGAAGUUGCAAAUGGCAGACAAGACAAUGAAGAGUCUAUUGGGGAUAAUUGAUAAUGUGCUAGUUCGGGUCGACAAGUUCUUACUUCCCAUGGAUUUUGUGAUACAUGACUGUGAGGUUGACUGCGAGGUACCGAUCAUAUGGAGGAGACCUUUCCUAGCUACAGGGAAGACCUUAGUUGAUGUGGAAGAAGGGGAGCUCACCUUUCAAGUGGGCAAUGCAAAAUUUGUGUUCCAUGUUUUCAAGUCAUUGAGGCAGCUCAAUAGCAACGAAGUAUGUUCAUUUGUGGAUCUUGUGACCGAAGUGAUUGUUGAAGACAUAAUUGCUGUGAUUAAUGUGGAAGUCCCAUUGGAAGCUGUGUUGCUGAAUAAUGAUGUGGAUGAGAAGGAAGGUUUGGUUGAAUAUGUCAAUGCUUUGCAAGGAAUGGGUUCAUAUACAUAUGAGCUUCAGAAACUUUACGUAGACCGUGAGAACCGGAAGACUCCGCUAACAAAGCCCUCAAUCUAG